CAGAACACCACGUUGUCCGUAGGAAACGGACGUGCUGCAGAGUUGAUAGCACGAACAGAGUGCUCGUUCCACCCAGCAGAGCGCAAUGAGAGCUGUAAUCCAGAGGGUGACUAAGGCUAGUGUUACCGUUGGAGAAGAACAGAUCAGCUCCAUUGGACGUGGUAUCUGUGUACUGUUGGGAAUAUCAGUGGAAGACACACAAAAAGAUGUUGACUAUAUGAUCAGAAAGAUUCUGAACCUCCGGAUAUUUGAGGAUGAUAGCGGUAAACACUGGUCGAAAAGUGUCAUGGAUAAGCACUAUGAAGUGCUGUGUGUCAGCCAGUUUACCUUGCAAUGUGUCCUAAAGGGAAACAAGCCCGACUAUCACAUGGCCAUGCCUUCUGAACAAGCAGAGCCUUUUUAUAAUGACUUCCUGCAGCAAAUGAGAAAGGCCUACAAGCCAGAGCUCAUCAAAGAUGGCAAGUUUGGAGCCUAUAUGCAAGUACACAUACAAAAUGAUGGCCCUGUUACAAUAGAGUUGGAGCCCCCAGCCUCAACAGCUGACCCAAAACAUCUUGCAAAGCUUGAAAAACAGCAACAAAGAAAAGAAAAGACAAGAGCCAAAGGACCCUCAGAGUCCAGCCGAGAGAAGAGUGUUCCUCGGAGUAAGGAUGAUCCCAGUGCAAGCAGUGGAGCCGAGGGCGACGUGUCCUCUGAAAGGGAGCCGUAGAAUACACUAGAAACAGCAGGAGUCCAACAACCUGGAGAAUAUUUCCUUAGGAACCAGAGCAUUGGUGUUCUUGUGGAAUACAGCACAGUAUAUGCAAUACUUGUUGUUUGUGCUUGCUGUCUUUACAGAGACUGUACAUAUAGAAAUUUCUUAUGUCCGUUGCAGUCUUUUAGGUGUGUUAUCUGCAUUGUCAGUCAUGUUCAGCUACAGUGUGUCCUCUAAAAUUAGCAGUGGACCAUCUUUGAUUCAUUUAUAGACAUAUGUAUUGUAGGUAUUUCACUCAGCUAAGGACAACCGCCCUUCAUGAGGCAGCUCAGUGGACAAAAUGCUCCAAUGUCGGGCUGACUGUGGGAAGCCUGGUGAUAACCGCUGAUUGCUGCUGGGGCCCACUGCAAUAAUAGUUGAUUGCUGGAACCUGCCAUUGAUCAGCUAUAAACUAGCAUGUCCACAUUUUCUGCGGUGGAAGUGUAACAUUAGGCCCCUUUCAGAUGAGUGAGUGUCACGCUGCGGACUCGCAGCGCAGCACUCGUCCUUAACUUCCAGCAUUG